GUUUUUCUGUUUUGUUUCCCCCCCCAAAAUCUGACAGACAGGUUGGUGUGGAGACUACGGGUCGGCUCGGGAGCUGGGCAGUUUUCCAGACACAAUUACACAACAUCACCUUCCCGUUUGCCUCAGUCUCAGGCCCGCCCCCCUCCCCGUUUUAUUAUUUAACUGCUGUUUUCUGGCAUCUCUCCCCGUUUAGGUUGAAGUGCCUGGUCCGCCCCUUUUGCAAUCCUGUCAACACUUCAUUUGAAGGACUUGGUGUUUCAGCCCGCCAGCCGGAGACGAAGGUGGUCGGGACCAGCCUGAGCCGAGCAAGGAGCCCGCCGCCGAGGGACCAUCCCGGCCGGCCGGAGAAGUCCGGUUCUACAAAUAAUCGGUAUUGCCUGUGGCCGGGCGACCUAACGAAACUACAAGUACCAGCGUGCCAGAGUGACAGCCUCUCCUAGCAACUCGGUCCCAAUCGAAAACCCCCCGCCGCAGCUUUGGCCUUCUUAUUAAUUAAGCCUCUGGAAGGGACCGGUGUAUCGUCCAUCACAGCCAGUUCCUUCCUCGUUCUCAUUCUGCCAUACAGAACUAUGUCCACCAACGAAAAUGCCAAUUCCCCAGCUGCUCGUCUUAACAGAUUUAAGAACAAGGGAAAAGACAGCUCAGAAAUGAGGCGACGAAGGAUUGAAGUUAAUGUGGAACUGAGGAAGGCUAAGAAAGAUGACCAGAUGCUAAAAAGAAGAAAUGUCAGUACAUUUCCUGAUGAUGCUACUUCUCCUCUACAAGAAAACAGGAAUAAUCAGGGUUCAGCACAUUGGUCUGUGGAAGAGAUUGUCCGAGGCAUAAACAGCAAUAAUUUAGAACUGCAGUUGCAGGCUACCCAAGCUGCUAGGAAACUACUGUCUAAAGAAAAACAGCCCCCCAUAGAUAGUAUAAUCAGAGCUGGGAUGAUUCCAAAGCUUGUAUCUUUCUUGGGCAGAUCAGACUGUAGUCCUAUUCAGUUUGAAUCUGCUUGGGCUCUUACCAACAUCGCUUCUGGCACAUCAGACCAAACCAAGGCUGUGGUAGAUGGAGGUGGUAUCCCAGCAUUUAUUUCUCUGCUUGCAUCUCCCCAUUCUCAUAUCAGUGAACAGGCUGUGUGGGCUUUAGGAAACAUUGCAGGUGAUGGUUCCGCCUACAGAGACUUGGUCAUAAAAUAUGGUGCAAUAGAUCCUCUUCUAGCGCUGUUUGCCGUUCCAGAUAUAUCUUCUUUAGCUUGUGGCUAUCUACGUAAUCUCACCUGGGCACUCUCAAAUCUAUGCCGUAACAAGAAUCCGGCCCCACCCAUCGAUGCUAUUGAACAGAUCCUUCCUACUUUAGUUCGCCUCCUGCAUCAUGAUGAUCAGGAUGUCCUGGCAGACACCUGCUGGGCCAUUUCCUACCUUACUGAUGGCUCCAACGACAGGAUUGAAGUGGUGGUGAAAACCGGAGUGGUCCCACAGCUAGUGAAACUUCUAGGAUCUGGUGAAUUGCCAAUUGUGACCCCUUCUCUACGAGCCAUAGGAAACAUCGUCACAGGGACGGAUGAACAGACUCAAAUAGUAAUAGAGGCAGGAGCCCUUGCUGUUUUUCCCAGCUUGCUCACUCAUCCCAAAACUAACAUCCAGAAGGAGGCCGCGUGGACCAUGUCAAACAUCACAGCGGGCCGGCAAGACCAGAUCCAACAAGUUGUGAAUCAUGGGCUGGUCCCUUACCUUGUUGAAAUUCUGUCGAAGGGAGAUUUCAAGUCACAAAAGGAAGCCGUGUGGGCAGUCACCAACUACACAAGUGGCGGAACAAUUGAACAGAUUGUGUACUUAGUCCAGAGUGGAAUUAUGGAACCCUUAAUCAACCUUUUAACUGCCAAAGACAGCAAAAUUGUUUUGGUUAUCUUGGAUGCAAUUACAAAUAUUUUCCUGGCUGCUGAGAAACUUGGAGAAACUGAGAAACUGUGCAUCAUGAUCGAAGAGUGUGGGGGUCUGGACAGAAUUGAGGCUCUCCAAUCUCAUGAAAAUGAACUGAUAUACAAAGCUUCCUCAAGUUUGAUUGAGAAGUAUUUCUCUGCAGAGGAAGAGGAAGAUCAAAAUGUUGUGCCAGAAUCUACCUCUGAUGGUUAUGCCUUCCAGAUUCAAGACAACACUCCUGGGACCUUUAAUUUUUAGAUUGCAUACUGCCAGCCUCUAAAAUCUUUGGUUACUGUGUAUUGUCUAUCUUUUGUCUUUGUCUCCCGUCUGUUGCUGUUAGUCUUUUUUUUUUUUUUAAUGUGACUUUCAAUGUAGCACUUUCUACAACUAAAGCAUACUUGAACAUCUUGGGAACUGUAUAUACUGUGGAAACCUCAUAAAGCCCUUGGUGGGCUUUUUUUUAUUUCUAUGUGUAAUUUCAAUUUGGGUUUUUUCGAUGUCUUGUAAAUAAAAACUUGAUUCCAUGAUCUUCUUUACCUCAA